CAAAAGUUUUGGGAAGCUGAUGUGACUAGCUCUGCAUUCUUUAUAUUCUUCUCCUCCCAAUUCACCAAAGAACAAAGCUUCAAAAAAAUGAGGAGGAUUCAACUUAUAAAGCCAGAGUGUAGUACUAAUAGGAAUAGUAAUGGUAAUACAGGACUUAAAAUGGCAAUGGAGAGCCCAACAGCCCUUAAUUCUGUAUGUGAGACCCAGCCCACCAAACUGGAAAGGGUCUUCUGCAUGCAAGGAGGAAAUGGAGACACAAGCUAUGCAAAAAAUUCUCAGGGACAGGCUAAACAUCUCCAAUCACUAAGGCCUUUGCUAGAAGAGGCUUUGAACAACAUGGAUCUCCCUGCAUCAGAAACUUUAACCAUAGUAGACUUGGGCUGUUCUUCUGGUCAGAAUACACUGGUCAUAGCCAAUGUUAUAGUCAAUUGUUUGAUGAACAAGUACAAGCUUGCGUCUCUAAACAUGCCAGAUUUUCAAGUUUUCUUCUCAGAUUUGCCUUCCAAUGAUUUCAACACCUUGUUCCAGCUGCUUCCUGUUCCUAUGGAGGUUCCAGCUUCAAGAACAUAUUAUGCUGCUGGAGUCCCUGGCUCCUUCUAUAAGAGACUCUUUCCUAGAAACACUCUUAAUGUAGUUCACUCCUCAUUCUCUCUCCACUGGCUUUCACAGGUUCCUGAUGUUGUGCUAGACCCCAACUCUUCUGCAUGGAACAAAGGCAGGGUGUUCAUACACAGUGGAUCGAAUGAAACUGCCAAUGCUUACAGGCUUCAAUUCAAGAGUGACUUUGAAGAUUUUCUGCGAGCAAGAUCAGAGGAGAUGAAGAGUGGGGGAUGCAUGUUUUUGGUUUGCCUGGGAAGGACAUUCCAGGACCCCACAAAUCAAGGUGGAGGUGGCAUCUUGUUUGGUACCCAUUUUGAACACGCAUGGAACGAUUUGGUGGAGGAGGGAAUGGUGGAAGCAGAAAGGAGAGAUUCAUUCAAUGUUCCAUUCUUUGCACCCACUGUAGCAGAGGUCAGGGAGGUGGUGGAGAAAGAAUCAUCUUUCACAGUAAACAAAGUGGAUGUUUUCAAAGGGGGGAGCCCAUUAGUGGUGGAAUCUGCUGAAAACAAUGAGGAGUUGGCAAGAGCAUUCACAAACCAAUGCAGAAGUGUGUGUGGAGUACUGGUUGACAAUCACAUUGGAAAAGAUCUAAGCACAGAGCUGUUCAGCAGAAUGGAGAAGAGAGCCACAGAGCAUGCCAGGGCCUUAGUACAUGAUCUCCAAUUCUUUCACGUUGUAGCUGCCCUGACCAGAAUGUGAACGAAAGAAAUGAUUAUAAACUGUAAACCCAUGUUUGAUUUGGCCUUAAAAUAAGAGGGUUUUAACUACUACCCAUUAGCGAACAAGAUCUGGAUUCUGUACCAUGAUAACGGUUUUCUGUGUAGUGUUUUUAUUUUGAUCCAAUAAUAUAGGGAUACAGUGCGUAUCUUUUUCCUUGUCUUGGGUUUCAUGAUGAUGCGGGCACCUAGGGAGCACCAUGAUUCAUAAUCUAUGCUUUUAGAUUAUUGUGAGAUGGCCCAAAAUUUGUCAGACUCAUGAUUUCAGCUUGUCGACCAACAAACAGGACUGCCACUUGCCUGCUCUGUGACAGGAACAGCCUUAUGGUCAAGGACACACUCCAAAAAGCCACAAAUAACGGACAUUGUUAACUUUCAUAAACUGUACCUCUUCCUCUACCUAUUCAAAGUUUUGUACAAACCUGUUUCAAGGAGACUUCUUCACUGUUACAGAAAUGAAAACUACCAUCCCUUUUCUUUUAUGGACAGAGAUGGAUUAUAUAGGUAGUUAAUUUUUGUGUA